CAAAUGGGAAGUCAAACUUGGCCAGCCAGUGGCGCCAUCCGGGAGCGGCCAGGUCCCGGGGCCCCGGAGCCGAGGGAGGGGGCGGCGGGUCUCCAAAUUAAGUCCGACCGGCUCCGUACGUCGGUGUGGCAGCGAGAAGGAGACUGCGCCUCGGGACGCUGUUGGGAGUUCCUGCUCGUUCCCCCGCCCUGCGCCCCAUGGAACACUGGUUUUCCAGGGGAACAUUCGACGUGGAGGUUGCCUCUCGUGGCGCAGAGCACGGGGGGCGGCCCGGAACUCGGAGGUUAUGACCAGGGCUGGGGAUCCCUAGAUGUCUGUCGAUCCUCAAGAUUUCGAUGGUGCUUUUGGUCCUGAGCGUUGGACUCUUUAUGUUCCGAAGCGUGUUCCUCGAUACAGACUUCAGUCUCCUCAACUCACCCAUCCCGUCCCCCACCCUGGAUGCGCAGACGCUGAAGCUUCUACCUGAGAAACAUGUCAGGAGCCUCUUCACCUACAGUGGAAUCUGGCUGUUCCCGAAAAACCAGUGCCAAUGUGACGCCUUCGGGCAUCAGGGAAGCUAUAACUUGGAGGAUGCCUACGACCCGCGUGACCUCCCCGCAGUGAACCUGAGGAGACAGGCUGAGCUCGAACACUUUCAGAGGAGAGAAGGGCUCCCUCGCCCACCGCCCCUGCUGGCUCAGCCCAACCUCCCCUUUGGGUACCCGGUCCACGGGGUGGAAGUGAUGCCUCUACACACCAUCCCCAUCCCAGGAGCUGUCGCCUCCCUGGGCAUCUGGGAUCGUGUAGGAGAGGACGGAGAUCUGAGUGCCUCGAGGAAUCUUAGGCCAUUAUUGGCUUUUUGGUGUCUGUCAGCAUCAAGGGAGCAGGCAAAGCCUCAGCCCAUCUCCAGGGACUGCAUAUGGAAAGAAUAUUUCUAUCCGUUACAGCUCCUCCACGAGGGGUUUUUACACACACCUCUCGUCCAGCAUACAUCCCUGCGAGGCCUCCGGUUUGAAGGACCAGAUGCUCCCAUCUAUGAGGUCACCCUGACAGCUUCUCUGGGGCCACUGAACACCCUUGCUGACGUCCCAGACAAUGUGGUGAAGGGCAGAGGCCAGAAGCAGCUGAACAUUUUGACCAGUAGCCGGGAGCUUUUGAAUUUCAUCCUCCAGCAUGUGACAUACACGAGCACAGAGUACCACCUCCACAGAGUGGAUGUGGUGAGUCUGGAGUCCAAGUCCUCAGUGGCCAAGUUUCCGGUGACCAUCCGCUAUCCUGUCAUGCCCAAGUUAUAUGACCCUGGACCAGAGAGGAAGCUCCGAGACCUGGUGACCAUUGCCACCAAAACCUUCCUCCGUCCCCACAAGCUCAUGACCAUGCUCCGGAGUGUUCGUGAGUACUACCCAGACCUGACGGUGAUCGUGGCCGAUGACAGCAAGGAGCCCCUGAAAAUCACUGACAGCCACGUGGAGUAUUACGCCAUGCCAUUUGGGAAGGGCUGGUUUGCUGGCAGGAACCUGGCCAUAUCUCAGGUCACCACCAAAUAUGUGCUCUGGGUGGACGAUGACUUCAUCUUCAACAGCAAGACCAGGAUCGAGGCGCUGGUGGACGUCCUAGAGAAAACGGAACUGGACGUGGUAGGUGGCAGGGUGAUUGAAAACACAUUCCAGUUCAAGCUGUUGCUGGAGCAGGGGAAGAAUGGCGACUGUCUCCACCGGCAGUCAGGAUUUUUCCGGCCCGUGGAUGGCUUCCCCGGUUGCGUGGUGACCAGUGGCGUUGUCAACUUCUUCCUGGCUCACACAGAGCGACUCCAAAGAGUUGGCUUCGACCCCCGGCUGCAGCGAGUGGCGCACUCAGAGUUCUUUAUUGAUGGGCUCGGGAGCCUGCUCGUGGGGUCCUGCCCACACGUGAUCAUAGGUCACCAGCCCCAUUUACCAGUGAUGGACCCAGAGCUGGCCGCCCUGGAGGGGAACUACAGCAGGUAUCGGGCCAACACCAAAGCCCAGAUCAAAUUCAAGUUGGCUCUCCACUACUUCAAGAACCAUCUUCAAUGUGCCACCUAAGGUAUCCGGGCAUUGGAAAAGCGCUGGGCUGCCUGGUUGCAAGUAUCUAAGACAGCAGAUACGGUGGCUGGGAUACCAAUAUUUGAACUCUUCAUAAGAUAAACACUGUAAUGCCCAGGGAGCAGGGUAGGCAGGUGGGUCUUACUCCGUUACUGGAAGUACCAAUAAAAGUUCAGGGUCAUUAGAAAUGGAUCAGUCACUGAGGUGGGCAAUGGAGACUUCAUUCAUAACGAUUACGGCGGAGUUUCCAUCAUGGCUCAGAGGUAACAAUCCAGACUGCUAUCCAUGAAGAUGCGGGUGGGAUCCCUGGCAUGGCUCAGUAGGCUAGGGAUCUGGCGUUGCUGUGGCUGUGGCACAGGCUGGCAGCUACAGCUCUGAUGAGCCCCCUAGCCUGGGAACUUCCAGAUGCUGAAUGUGUGGCCCUAGAAAAAAAAAAAGACCAAAAAAGAAUAAAUAAAAAUUACUGUGUUAUGAUGCCUUACUAUGUGGGAAGCAUUUGCACAUAUAGUAUCUCCCAUCAUCUGAUUGCAUCUCACUGGGAAGAGUGUAUCUUCAGUCAAAAAGAUGGCUGCUGAGUCCUUGAAGGUUACUUGCUGGAAAUUAUAUCACAGAUCAUCUCCAGCAUCACUGUCCUCCACAAAUUUUCCUUUGGUCCUACCUUGUGGACUCAAAUAAUGUGAAGAACCCAGGGUCCUUGCCUUGAGAAGGUGGCAGCCUCGUUCGGUUCAGUCCGCUAGUAGGAUUGAGCAGCCAGGGUUGGGGGACCAGAGAAGAGAGAAGUCACAAGGGCCCCGGCAGGUGAGGAGAGCUCUGUGGAGUCAGCUCACCUGGAGCCCGGCACAGGAAUGGGAUGCAGGCAAUUAGAGGGAGGCGAUCACUGCGGUAAACCACGCCCUGCCAGAAUAAAGGUUUCCCAGGCGUCAGACUCCCUACCAUAAAGGCAUAUUCUCGGA